GGGUCUAUAUCUAAAGAGUUGACUAAGUUUUCUAUGUCAUGUAUUAUGCUGGGUUGGCUUAGUUUAAUUUUGUCAGUUUCAAUGAGCCACGGUCCUUCCUUACUUUCCCUGAGUUCACUUGCGUAUGCUAUGUGCAUUCCUUUACAGAUAUGUUUGGGUGCGUUUGUCGGAUUUGUUAUUAACAGGCUUGCUAUUUUAUCUGAUGCAUCGAAAACUGUGCUAAUAAGACCUAAGUUGUCCUCAGUUAAGCGUUCAUCUAAUGAAUGUGAAAUCGCGUGCUCAAAAUUCAACGUAGUUUCUAGUUUCGCAUUAAUAACUUUAUUAGAGCCCGGAGGUAUUGUUGUGGGUUCCAAGGUUGCUAUUCUAACAUCAGUUACUAGUGGUAAAUUUUCCGUCCCUAAAUUUAGAAAUUUAUCUCCAAUCCAGAUUUUUCUAUUAGUAAAGUCAAAUGUGACAUUUGGCAAUGUUUUCAAUAAGUCACAUCCUAAUAUAAAUUGGUAGUUGCGUUUCUCAAGUAAUUGUUUGUC